UGGAAAGUUGAGAUUCAAAAUAUGCCGCCAUUGAACAAGAUGUAACAAUUAUCUCGCUAUUUAAGGUGUGCUAACAAGAUUCUUGUACAGAAAGUGAGCAACGUUUGAUUGUAUAUUUGAAGCCAAUCACUGCGCGGAGUAUAGCCGAGAAGUCUUAACCGACCAGAAGAUGGCGGUUUUAUUUCUUUGUCCCUUCUUUUCUUCCUUUCCGGAGUUGUGUUGAUUUUCAUCUCUAAUUGUAAUUAAUAAUUGCUCAUCAAUUGUGUUAAUAUUUAUUGGCAUAUUUGGUGUCCAGUGAAAGUGUAACAAUCAAGGACCCCUGUGAUAUCAUAAUAAUUGGGGGGUAUUUUAGUGGUGACAAUUAAGGAGCAUAAAAAAAGUCAACACCAUCAAAAUUGUUGUAUAGUUGCUCUACCUUCCUCUGUGUUCCUAUCUUUCUUUCCUUUCCCUCUUCCUUCUUUCCUUUCCUCUCUUUCUCUGAAUCACCAUUUCCCUUUCUCUUACCUCUCUUUUCCUCUUUCUUUCUUCACCUCUGUGUGAGUGUGUGGGUUAUUCAACAACCGUGGGACACAUAAAAUGCUUUCCCCCUGUUUUUAAUGUAUAUAUUAAUUUUGUAUACAAAUUCACGCACACAUUCGCUUUCACUCUAAUAGUGUUGUGUUUCCAAAAUUAUUGCUUUUCAUUCGUGCCCUCUGUGGAUAAAUUGAUGAAUGGGGUCUAAUGUAUUGUUACAAUCAAUUAGGUCCGAACCGGAGCCGGCUGGUGGUGGUGUAAAAGAUAAAGAACAAAAUCAAGAUGAAGGUACCUCUCAAGACGGUCCAGCUGCCCAGUUAAAUAAUAAUCAGCCGCUUCAGACUCAAUCAAAUUUAGACAGAAUAUUGUCAGAAGAAGACAAAAGGGCGUUUGAUUCUAUGAUUGACGAAAUGGAAGAAGAGCCUAGAUAUGAACCUGUUAAUGGAAUUGUGCAACCUCCAUUUAUACCUCCACCCGGUAAACCCCACCGAAAUACCAAUCAGCUCCAAUUUAUCAACCAAAAAAUACUAAAAGCAGUUAACAAGCAUCCGUUUGCUUGGCCCUUCAGGACUCCAGUAGACGCUAUUAAACUCAAGUUACCAGAUUAUCAUACUAUAAUAAAACAUCCAAUGGAUUUAGGUACAAUUAAGAAAAGGCUAGAUAAUUUUUGGUAUUAUUCAGCGAAAGAGUGUAUCCAUGAUUUCCAUACGUUAUUUCAAAAUUGUUAUACUUACAACAAACCGGGUGAAGAUGUGGUUUACAUGGCUCAAACAUUAGAGAAAACGUUUAACGCUCAGUUAAGGGACAUGCCACAAGAGGAGGUCGAAAUCACUAUGCCAGCAUCAAAGGGUGGUCGAGGUAAAAAAGGUCGCCGAGGAGGUCCUAUCAGGGGUAGGGGUGCUUCUAUCAGCACAUCUAAUGCAUCUAUAGUUGGAGGAACAACGCCAUCAUCUAUUGCACCAUUAACUCCUUCAUCUUUCACUGACUCUGGAAUUGGUUCAGUCCACGGAGUACCCGAGAAUGCACUUGCAUCACAGAACAGUAAGCUAUCUCCAAUUAGCUCACCCUCUGCUCCAGGAGCAUCUACCAUUUCUUCAUCAGGCUCAUCCGUCCCUUCAAUGUUACCAUCUCCAUCAGCUACACAGACACCAGCAAAUCAGAAUAUUGUACCUCCAUUGACUGCCACUGGUUCGUUACCUCCAAAUGUCCCCCAAACACUAGUGAACCAAAGUCCUUCAUUUAAUCAGACACCCCACACCAAACCUCCUAGUGCAUAUAAUUUAAAUAAGCCUUCAACGCCAACUACUUCGAAUUUAUUGGGGCCAUCAUCAGCACCAGGAGUCACUUAUGUACAAUUAAAUCCAUUAAGUCCUUUAACACCGGUACAAACUGUUCCAACCAAGACAAAAGGAGCGAAAGCUGCGAAAGGAGUUAAAAGGAAAGCAGAUACAACAACUGGUAUCUCAUCAUUUGAUAAUAAUUUCCCUCCAGUCAAUUAUGAGCCCUCUAAUAAGAUGUCUACUAGACGAGAGAGUGGAAGACCUAUCAAAAAACCUUCCAAAGAUCUACCAGAUACCGCACAGCACGUUUCUAAAGCGAGGAAAGGCAAGCUUUCUGAACAAAUGAGAUAUUGCUCUUCUAUUCUUAAAGAAUUAUUCGCAAAGAAACAUGCAGGCUAUGCCUGGCCAUUUUAUAAACCAGUUGAUGCUGAGUCCUUAGGUUUAUCCGAUUACCAUGAUAUUAUUAAACACCCAAUGGAUUUGGGAACAGUCAAGACGAAAAUGGAAAAAAGAGAGUAUAAAAAGCCAGAUGAUUUCGCUGCUGAUGUUAGAUUGAUAUUUACCAACUGUUAUAAAUAUAAUCCACCUGAUCAUGAAAUAGUAGCAAUGGCCCGUAAACUUCAGGAUGUCUUUGAAAUGAGAUACGCCAAAAUGCCAGAUGAACCUAUUAGAUCCUCUAAUGACGGUGGUGAUAGCACCGGCUCAAGUUCUAGUGGAAGUUCAUCGGGUAGUAGUUCGGGAAGUGAUAGUGAUUCUGAAAACGAAAACUCAGCAAAAUUAAAACAAUUACAAGAAGAACUUAAAAGAAUAACUGAACAGAUUUCUCAAUUAACACCAGUCUUAAUGAAAUCUAGUAAAAAAGAAAAGAAAAGGAAAAAAUCUAAAAGUAAAUCUAAAAAAGAGAAACACAGUGAUAAAUUAGAUUUUAGGAUGGAAGAAGUUGGUGGUGGUUUAGCUCCACCAGCUCCUGGUUUAAAUUCUGGUCCUCCAGCUUCAACUUCUAGUGCUGCUACAGGACUUAUAAGAGAUGAUCCAGUGCCAUCUACAUCUGCGGGUAAAACUAAGGCCAAAAGUGGUUCUUCUGGGGUUGCUAAAACUCCAGCGAGCCAAAAAUCAGCUGGACAACCAGCUAAAAGACAACGGACCAAUAGUAAAGCCGGUAAAAAGACUAGUAAAGUUGUACCUGCAUUCGAUAGUGAAGAUGAAGAUAAUGCUAAACCAAUGUCUUAUGAUGAAAAGAGACAACUUAGCCUUGAUAUUAAUAAAUUGCCAGGUGAAAAACUUGGUAACGUUGUUCAUAUUAUUCAAUCUAGAGAACCUUCUUUAAGAGAUUCAAAUCCAGAUGAAAUUGAAAUAGAUUUUGAAACUCUCAAGCCUUCAACGCUUCGUGAAUUAGAAGCUUAUGUUGCUUCUUGUUUAACGAAAAAACCUAGGAAAAGAUACACCACUAAAAAUAAAGUAGCUGGGAAAACAAAAGAAGAACAAAUGAGAGAAAGAAAACAAGAAUUAGAGAAAAAGAUGCAAGAUCUAUCGGGUCAACUUGGUGUUCCAACAAAUCCUAAAAAACAACAGAAGAAAGAUCCUUACGCUUUUACAGAUUCAGAGAAUUCUCACGUGGACAUCGUAGCAGGCUCACGGUUAAGCGCAAGCAGCUCAAGUUCAAGUGAUAGCGAUUCCAGCUCCAGUUCCAGUACAAGUAGCUCAUCUGAUAGCAGUGAUUCUGAAUCAGAAUCACCCGCGAAGAAGAAACCCAUGGUAGCUGCUGGUAAAUCUGGUUUAAUGAAUGACCCCAAAAUGGGACCUUUAGCUCCAAAUCUCGGUUCGACAAGUACUCUGCCUGGAGCCUAUGAUGGACUCUAUAACUCAACAACAUCCAUGACUAUGAGUCACAACAAUUUUGGUCAAACACCUAAUGCUGGGGGACUGCCGCAACAACAGGCUAAAAUAUCACCAGGCCUCAACAAUAAUACUAACAACUCAGUCAAUCCAUCCAAUGUUCCUUCUCAAUCUCAUCUUUUUGGUUUUACACCAACUGGGCUUUCUAUGAAUUAUGGACCUCCGUCAGCUUCCGUUAAUCCUGUCCAUGAUCUUGCCCAGUCAACGUUUUCAAGUUUGAAUGCAACUAACCCUCCACAGCAUCCAAGUGCUGUAGCACCUUUCACCACUUCUAAUAAACCUCCUGUUGUAGCGUCACACUCCAGCCUCCCUCAGAUGCCUUCAAGGCCUUCUACAACGGCGUCUUCAGCGGUAGCUAAGAGACCUUCAAGUCAAUUACCUCCAACAUCGUCUUUCCCAAUGACAGGAGCAACUGGACAACCACAAGCACCUUCAUUGUCUAGUCCAAUGCAAACUCCUCCACCCUUAACAUCAACGCCUCAACCAACUUCACAUCAACUUCAGCCUCAACCGCCAUCAAUGCAACAAAUACAACCCCAACCCCAAAUGACAGCGCCUGUCAGUCAACCAUCACUUUUAAUCCACGGUGGUCAGUCAACAACACCUAAGAUGUCCCAGUCACAGCAAUCGAUACAACAAGGAGUUGCUCCACCUCCACCACUACCAAUUGUAACUCAUUCACAGCCUGUACCACAAUCAGGUGCAAAGAGUCCUUUUGUGAACUCUUCAUCUUUAGAAGCUCCAUCAAUAAAUGCUUCUCCAACAAUUAAUGAUAGGAAAGAAUUGAAUCGACAAGGUCUUCCCCCAACAUCAACACCUUCCUCAAGUGCUGCCAAUAAGUCCUUACCGCAAUCCAAUGAGCCUAAGUUGAAAAAUUUGAGCCAAUGGUCAACAUUAGCGCAAUCAUCAGUUUCUUCAAAUGCGUCUUCCGUUGUUAAAUUAGCAGAUAGUUUUCAGCAAUUUAAAAAACAAGCUAAAGAAAAGCAAGAUCGCCAAAAACAGAUUAUGGAACAACAGGAACAACGAAGAAGACAAAAAGAGGCCGCUGAUCGUGAACGAGCUCGUCAAGAGAAAGAGAGACAACGAGAAAAAGAGGAGGAAGAAGCCCUUGAACGGGUUCGCCGAUCUCAAAUACCAGUUGCUCCUGGUUUGCCACAAAAAACUCCUCCAACUCCUCAGUCUCAACAUAUCGAAGCUCCCAUCAGUACUCCUGAGCCUUUACAAAUGGGAAGUAUUUCACCUUUCUCUGGCUCGUCAUCACCUUCAUCGAACCAGAGUGCUAAAGAGAGGGAACGUCAAAGGUUAAAAGAACAAGAAAGAAGAAAAAGAGAAUUGCUUGCGGGUCAAAUAGAUAUGAAUUUACAAAGUGAAAUAAUGGCCAGUUUCGAGGAGACGAUAUGAUAGAGCCUAAAUUAAAGUGUAUUACACUGUAAUGUAAUUAAUUUAUGAUCGCAUGAGCAAGAAGGUGGAAAGGAUGUUAACACUUUUACUUAUAAACUCAAAAAUGUUUCAAAAUUCACAAAAUGGAUCAACACUUACAUCAAAUCCUCACACUAACACACAAACUCUACAUCCAAGGACACAGAGAGAAAAAAAGAAAGAGAAAAAAACGACAAAACAAUCAACACAAGUGAAAAAAUUAAAAAAAAACAAAAUGUCAUGCAUUUUUACUUUCAUACAACAUAAUAACAUCUUCAUCCUGAUCAUCCACCAUUCAAUCACUAUCAUCAAUAUUUCAUGAAACUCAUCUCUCAUUACUUCAUUUAAAGUAACAUUCUUCUUUCGUUUCGAACACACUCACGGAACUUCAUAAAGUUAAAAAAACUCUAUUCUAUUUGUGACCUAAUCAAAUAUUUCAAACAAAAAGCCAAUAAAAACAUCAAUCAUUUAAAAAACGAA